CACGUGCUCCUCCCGCGGGUUGGUGAAAACGUCGCAGCUCCGAUCAACUGUUAGUUGUGUGUUCGUUGUGUUAGUGGUGUUGGUUGUGUUGCAGCAGAGAGAAGAUGAGUAAAGCGCAUCCUCCAGAGCUGAAGAAGUUCAUGGACAAGAAGCUUUCAUUGAAGCUGAAUGGGGGCCGGCAUGUCCAGGGCAUCCUGAGGGGCUUCGACCCCUUCAUGAACCUGGUGGUGGACGAUUCUCUGGAGAUGGGACCAGGAGGACAGCAGAACACCAUCGGCAUGGUGGUGAUCAGAGGGAACAGCAUCAUCAUGUUGGAGGCCUUGGAGAGAGUCUGAGACGCUCUGAUGGAGGAGGAGAGAUCUCCACCUUUCUACUUCCUGUUUCACCUUUUCACUUGUUGUUUUUUAGUUUUAUUUUGAAGCGGUCGAGUCUCUGAUCUCACUGACUUCUGCUUUUGUUUGAACAUAUUUUGAAUUGUGAUCUUGUGAAUAAAUCUUUUUUUUUUCUUUGUA